AUGACCACAACUGCACCUCAUGCUAUAAUGGCUCCCGUAAUACGCCCUCUACAAGAAAGCCCCGUCUCCAGACCACGUGCUGUCUACAGCAUCGAUCAAAUUUUGGGAAAUCAAACUAAACGUAGUGAUUCAUCCGAAUCCCUGAAUCAACAAACUGCUCAUCACAUUGCCAACACCAAUGGCAGCAGCAAUCCAACUAGUCCCAUACAAACCUCAUUAUUGCCACAUUUACAUAGCCAUUUGCAUUUGAUACCCUCACAUCAAUUGGCUUUGCAUCAUCAGCAUUUGCAACAGCAACAUCAGCAGCAGCAACAACAACAGCAGCAACAUUUAAACAAUAAUCAUUUACAACAGCAACAUCUUCAUCAGCAACAACAACAGCAGCAGCAACAACAAUCGCAAUCCCAUGCCGAAAAACGUGAACGUGAAGAUUCACCCGACAAUUUAGACAAUGGCCUUGAUGUCGAUAAUACCGAUGAUGAUCUUUCGAAUAGUCUAAAUAAUGGUCAUGAUAUGGGUGAUAUGGAAAGGCCACGUAAAGUAAGAAGAUCACGUACCACCUUUACAACAUUUCAAUUACAUCAAUUGGAGCGGGCAUUUGAAAAGACCCAAUAUCCGGAUGUAUUUACAAGGGAAGAUUUGGCAAUGCGCUUGGAUUUAAGUGAAGCACGUGUACAGGUUUGGUUCCAAAAUCGUCGUGCCAAGUGGCGUAAACGCGAGAAAUUCAUGAAUCAAGAUAAGAAUGGUUAUUUACUACCCGAACAAGGUCUUGCCGAUUUCCCUUUGGGCAUACCAUUGCCACAUGGCAUUCCCGGCCAUCCUGGUGGUUUACCCGCCGAAUUUUGGCCACCACACUUUGCCUUACAUCAGCCUUUCAAUCCCGCCCUGCUGCCCCAGGGACUAAUGCCCCACUACAAAUUGCCCAACUUCCACACAUUACUAUCCCAGUACAUGGGUUUGAGUAAUUUGAAUGGAAUCUUUAAUGCCAGCGCCUAUCCACAAAAUCUCUCACUACACAGUACUGCCCAAGUUAGUCCCCCGUGCAGUAAUAGUAGUCCACGUGAGAGUCCCACAAUUGGUGCGGGACAAUCGGCAACCACAAUAGUAUCGGGUGGCGUUACCCUAACCUCUUCGGCUGCAGCAUCACCCAAAUCGCCACUGAACACCACAAAUACCGGUAGUAUUAGUGGAAAUUCAACACCCGUGUCAGUGGUAACAAAAUCUGAAGACUGAA